AUGUCGUCGCAAAUGACCUGGACCCUUGGCGGGAUAUCUGAAAUUGGCGCUAAUAUUCUGAAAUUUUCAGACCAUUUUUUAUGUUUUCUGAAAAGUUCAGACCAUAUUUGUUUGAUCCAAAUCCCUAACCCCAAAGUCCCACCCCCUUCAUCACUCUCUCUCUCUCUCUCUCUCUCUCGAUCUCUCUCACUCAGCGCACGUUUCUCUCUCCGGCAGCUCUCUCUCCGGCCCUCCUAUCACUCUCCGGCACACUCAACUCUCUCCGGUAGCUAUCUCUCCGGCGUACCUCUCUCCGAGAUUCAAGGACUAGUUGUUGUUCGCGUUCUCGUGGUAAGAGAUUCUGUUUCUCUGCUAGCAGAAUACUUGGAAAAGUGGGAGAAGGACGAUAAAGCAGAGCUUGUAAUACUCAAGGGUGCUGGCCGAGCAUUUUCUGCUGGUGGGGAUUUGAAAAUGUUCUAUGAUGGAAGAAAUACGAAGGACUCUUGCCUUGAAGUGGUCUAUAGAAUGUAUUGGCUCUGUUAUCACAUUCAUACCUAUAAGAAAACUCAGAUAAAAAUGGACAAGAGUUGGAUGACAAAGUCUAGGGGUACAAGGGAAUACAGAGAUGGGUGUAGAUUGUUUGUUGAGUUUGCAGUUAGUAACUGUAGAACUCCUAAUGGAUUCAUCUAUUGCCCGUGUAAGUGCGUUGGUGGACUUAGUAACUCGAUUUUCUUGGCUUUCCUAGAGUUCAUCAAUCAGUUGUUGCCUGAGAGUAAUGAAACUCUGCCAGUUAAUACGUAUGAGACGAAAAGGUUUUUACGAGACAUGGGGCUAGGGUAUGACAAGAUUUCGGCGUGCCGUAAUGACUGGAAAACGAAGGACAACCACGCCGCCCGUUUAGAUUUGCAAGAAAUGGGCUUGAGACGUACACUUCAUACAUUUGUGGACCCGCAGGAUGGUGCCAAUACAUGA